UGAUAAACACAACGAUCUACCAUUCUUGCCGAACAGCGGUAUACCUCGCGGGUCGAAGGUGAGGAAGUUGAUGGCAACGUUUGAGACGAAGAAGAACUAUGUUAUACAUUAUAGAAAUCUGCAGCAGGCAAUUAAGAAUGGGUUGAAAGUGGAAAAAGUACAUAGGGUUAUUCAGUUUAACCAGUCUGACUGGUUAGCCAAAUAUAUAGAAUUAAACACAGAGUUGAGGAAAAAGGCGAAGAAUGCGUUUGAGAAGGACUUUUUUAAACUUAUGAAUAACGCUGUAUUUGGUAAAACAAUGCAGUCUAAAAGGAAGGAAAUGAAGAUGGAGUUGGUGUCAUGUGAGAGGAGGUUACAAAAAUUGAUUAAUAAGUGUACAUUUAAACACUGCACAAAUUACAACGAGAACCUUAACGCUGUAACGCUUGAGAACAAAAUUAUAAAAUUUGACAAACCUAUAUAUAUUGGAUUUGCUGUAUUAGAUAUUAGCAAAACGUUAAUGUAUGAUUACCACUAUAAUGUCAUGCAGAAACAUUAUGGAGAGAAGAAUAAAGCUUAUGUACACUGA